UCGAACGGUUACCCGCUCCUACGCGCUUCGCGCCAUUCUGUCCAAUUAUUUCGAUAUUUGAAUUUUCAAGGACGGGCCUCGGCUAAUUGGAUAACCGCAAUAAUAAGAUUUGAAUUUCGCAUCAAGGCCGCGCUCUCGAUUCGACGAUCUCUGUCUCUCGACCAGCCCACCAGGCUGCCCUUGUGGAUUCGCGAUUUGCUCUUACCUUAUCAUCCGAACAUCUGCACACUUUACUCGCACUGGGUCACUUGCACGUUCGAACUUUGACUCGAUUAUGAUCAAUUCGGCAACUACUCCGAGACACACGCCCGCGUGCGCCGGCACCAACAGUCGACAAACACCUCAAGAGUAAGAGUGAAGCGUCGACCGCCGAGAGGGACUCGAUCAAAGAUCACGGACCUUCCAACAACGGGAGAAUCGCGGUGUCGUUUUGUGCCCCAGUCCUAGAAACGGACCUCAAACGCCUGGGGCUUGUUUCUGUUAUUCUGGAAUUCGCGCCGCUCGUCUUUCCAUUCGGACCAUCGCACCGUACAGUUCAUUCCGCGGACCACUGUGACCAAUCCAAGUGUGAAAAUUCUACGAACCCACGUGUCCUUCAUCGGCAUUGGAACCAUCAAACACGGGACACCAAGAAAUCUCAGCGGAGGUUUCAUUGGAAGCCUAGUGGAUCCUUGCUCAUACGCUUGUAGAGUAGGAUUCCUAGACUUCGAAUCGUCGAUCCGGUGACUCGGAUGAUGAAAUCAGUGAAAACGAAGGGGUGAAAUGGAAUCGGAGAAGUAAGUGAAGCUCUCGUAAACCGUAUUGAAGAGUGCUCGACGUGCCGGGUGAAACACCCUUCGAACACCCUUACCGAUUCAUCCGAUAACGUGCAAUAAAUAUCGAAGAUCGUUCGAGGAUCGUCGAUGAGCGGAGUCUGACUCUCGUAUCGAGCGCCCGACCGUUUGUUUUCCCGUCUUUCUUUUCGUACCAGAAAUAAGUUUGAAAUAUGAUAUCAUAAAGCGAUCACAGAGAUCAAAUUCGUUAUCAGCAGACCUAAAGGUCACCCCGGCAUCACCCUGGCUAACGAUUUGUCAGGAAGUGCCGGCCCCGGUGGCGGAGUGGGCUCAGUAGGCUCUUCCGUUGGAAGUUCACUGUCGACGACGGCGCUGAGCUUGGACCACCAGCAGUUUAACAUAUUCCCAGCGAUCUUCAGCAGGCAGUUGAACUUCUCGGCAGCGAACUGCGGGCAAAACAAACUCAUGGACGAGCUAAGGCCGAACCUCGGUCUUCUGGGAGUUGGCCUCGUCGAAAACGACUCGUUCCACCUAAACCAUAACCAGGAAAAACGGAAAUGCAGCAGUACCAGUUCCAACGAGCAGGACUUUGGCCUGUACGGAGUUCAUCAGGGUCUUGAAGCCAGUCCACCGACGCCGGCGGCAACACCAGGCCGAAACAGCGUCGGCGCUACUACUACCGUUGGAGCAGAAGGGGCCUUCAAGAAAUUGAAACCAGAACCUUGUGCAUCCAGUCCACACAUCGGCCACACACCGACAACCGCUAGCUGCCCGACGCCUGCACGACGGCGUCACAGAACCACCUUCACCCAGGAACAACUAGCGGAACUCGAAUCAGCCUUCGCGAAAUCCCAUUAUCCGGACAUCUACUGCCGAGAGGAGUUGGCGCGGAGCACCAAACUUAACGAGGCCAGGAUUCAGGUGUGGUUCCAGAACAGAAGAGCGAAAUACCGCAAGCAAGAAAAACAGCUGCAAAAAGCUUUGGCGCCGAUUCCUGCCUGCCAAGGAGCCAUGAUGCGCAAUAUUUAUCCCGGAGCAGGAAGAGGAUACCAACCCUACCCUCAUCCGCACAACGGCAUUAACGGAAUUAAUCGUUAUCCUCAGAUGGGAACAACGUCGUAUCCCAGCAUGACGCAGCCCUUCUCCAUGUCACAUUCUGCCACAAACAUGUCGGCGGUCACUGGAAUGCGACAGGAUGCCAUGGGCAUGUCGGCGGAAGACGAGUGGUACAACAAAAGUAUUUCUGCGCUGAGAAUGAAUACGGCCCACCAUCCAAAUCUCGCCGCACCAAUGCUGCAAUAUCAAACAUAAUUUUAGAGAUUCAAGUAAAGCACAUCUCUCAGACACUUGAGAAUUAACGUAUUAAUAACACUGUUUUCUUUCGUCAACUCGGCACCAUACGCAACCUGUAUAUUCUGACAUGGCACCAGAACCCGAUCCGAAUUGGAUCGACCCAAACGAUCGAUCGAGUAAUCAGAGGUUAAGAAAAAAUCUUCAAGUCGGAUAAUAAAAAUUGUCACCGAGUUGCCGUUUCGUUUGCUAGUCGAAAAAUCUAGUCCAUAGAAUAUUAAUAACGUAUACAUGAAUUAAUUUUUUCGAAGAUUAUUACUCGAACCAUCAAACUAUCAAAUCGUCAUAACACGCGUCAUUAUACAUUGAACGAUAUCAAAUUAUAAACUAUCAUUUGCUAAGAGUUAAGAGUAUAUAGACGUAGACGCGCCUAUGCGGCAGUCUGCACGUCCAAGAAAGUAAUACAUAUAUAUACGUAUUUAUGUAUGUAUAUAUAUAUAUGUAUUGCAUACAAAGUAUUCAAAGAACGCGUAAAUAUUGUACACGUAACAUGUUCAUCGUAAAUAAUAAUUGUAAUUAAGUUUUAAAAGAGGAAAAUGUGUGUCCGUGCACCUACGCGUCGUGCGAAAGCUCUCACACGUCGGAACCGUCUUCCCCGUAGAGUACGACGACCCUAAAGAACGUCUUGCCGACGACUGUAUAAAUUCUUUUCGUACCCCGCAGUGGUACGCGUUAUGGUUGUACCCACGUACCGCAUUAAACAACGCCGCAGAACCAUCUCCAUGGCUUCUAGGUAGGUGCACGCUUACUUACGUUUACCCAUACCGCAAUCAAGCGUGGGUCGUACAGCUGUCCACGUCGGGUACGAACACCGUGAACAAGCCGACCCUCCUGUCUCCCUACCUAGACUCUUCGAGUUUCGAAUUACCGGAGUCUCUGGGUACGCCUUCGUUUUUGCACUGCGUUCUUAUACCUGUACUGUACGCGUGAAAAAUUACCGAGCAAUAAUUUCUCUCGCCCUAGCGACUAAGGUUACCGAGAAGCUUCGUUUGGUGAGAAGGUUCGAGCUUUGAGAGAUUUUAGAAAAUUUCGAUAACCUUCUCCUUGAAAUCAGUCGAGGCUGGACUAAGGAAUUUUAGCUUGAUCGUGCUGUAAUGGGUUGCUGUACGGGAUGUUCAACCCUUUCCAUACCGCACUUAUUUCCGUCAUUGAAGUACUGAUUUUUGUUAAAUGACGUACGCGAACAGUUUCGGAUGAUCGUUGGUAGGGUUUUGCAUUGGAAAGAAACGUUUCUUUUCCAUGGCUUUGACGCGGAAAGCUUAUUGUCGAUAGAAGCGUGUCUUUUGAACAUAAGUUUGAAAGGGCAAUCUCGGAAUUCGAAUUUUUUGUACUUAAGUAACAAGGGAAUGAUGACAUUCUUUUCGCAAUUAUUAACAAUCGGCCGCAUUAAUUUAACGAUACGGACGUGAUUCAGGACGCAGCUCGUAAAGAGAGAAAUUUUCUACAAAUGUGUCAUUUCAAGCUUCGUUGCACGGUCAAUGGUUCAGCCACGAAAAAGUCUUAAUAAAGAUGAAUUUCUACGUGAAAGGACAUAACUCGUAAAUCGUUGAAGCUACAGACUUUGCUCUUGAGUGAAACGAAAUUGAAUUAACCACAAUCUUGUCGUUCAGUUUUUGUUGUAAAGUCAACGGUUUAGCUAGUAACAAUAAGAUCGUUGAGGAUAAGUUUUCCAACAUUUGAAUCGUUUGAGCUACGGAUUUGGCUCAAUGGACAAAUUUGUACAGAAUUUAACUCUCUACUGAUAGCUUACAGUAUCAAGUUCGCGUUAUUGAAUGUGAUUCAGUUGUAACAAUUUGAUAAAAAAUACGAAAAUGCCCUGACGUUCUCAAAUCAUUAAGCGAUCUCUUCGACUAUCCGCGGAUUUCCGUUGACUAUGAUUCAGUGUAAAAGUGAUGCAGCAAUGGAGUCGAUGCGACGAUUUCAUGUUUCAUCGGUAUGGAAAGGUUGAUUAUCGACUUAAUAUAUGAUUAAAUCGAAGGAAAUUACGCGGGAAGAAGACGAGUGAGAUGAAAAGUUUGUGCCGAGCGUGAAUGAGAGAAUGAGUGAAAUACGUUGUUUUCUAAUCAUAAUAAUUAUUAUUAUUAUUAUUAUUACAAAAUUUUUGCGUAAUAUCGAAGGUAUCGUGAUAAUACGAGAUUCUCACGAGAUUUAGUUAGUUUCUUAACAACGAUUCGCAAACACUUUCGUUGAAACUGUACAUAAAGUAUAGAAUAUAAAGCAUAGUGUAAUCACAGAUUGUAUAAUGUAAUAACGAUUUUUCAAUGUCCUUUUAACAUCUAAGCAUACCUAAAAUACCAACCUAUCCUAUACAUAUAUAUAUAUAUAUAUGUGUAUAUAAAAACUUAGGCGAGUUAACUAUUUUCAUUUCUGUGCUUUUUCUUAUACGGCGAUACCGAAGCGAAGGCGAAAUAAAUAAAAAAAAAAAAAAAAAGGAGGAAAAAUAAGUAAAAGUGAUUCGACACUCGCGAUUUCGAGAUUCCGAAUUCCUCGAGUCUGUCCAGUUGAAAAAAAAUCUGUCUAUAUUGGUGUCAUUUUUCAAUAUCUGUCUAAUCGAUAUGUAAAUCAACUUUAGAACCGUGCGAAAAUGUAUCACGGUAAUAUUCUGUUUGCACCAAAACCAAAGAUCUCAACACGUGAUGCCGAAUUUUUCGAAUUUUUUUUUUUUUUUAUCACAUAGAAAAGGAAAAGUAUGCGAGAGAAAAUACUUUGACGUCGAUUCGCGCGCGUUCUUCCUCGCGAAAUUACACGCGAAAUGUUCCUAAAUAAUGAAGAAGAAGAAAAAUAAAUAAAUAAAAAGAGAGGAGAAAAAAACUUGUAACAUAUCAGGAGGAGUUGAUAAAAUAAGAGAAAAUGAAGAAAAGAAACCAAAAAAAAAAAAGAGAAAAGAAAUGAAAAGAAAACCAACUAAAUAAGUAAAACAAAAUGAAUAAAAAGAUUUUAAAAAAUUGGGUGGAUUCUACGCGUUUAAGACGAGCAUGUGUAAUUAAAUUUAAGCAAGAGUUACGUAAUGUACGUAUGUGUUGUACAUAGCCUAAAUAAAAAUUACGUUUAAAAGUAAUACCGAAGCUACAAUAUGUAAUAUGUAUUAUGUACAAUUGAAUUUUCAUUCGCUGUAAACAAGGAUUAUGUAAAA